AUGGAUUCUUCAACCCUGCGCCUGAAGGCGCGGCCGCCUGUCGAGGACGAAAUCGAGAACUGGGAUGACGACGAUUUUCUGAUUGACGGCGAAGACAUCGCGUUUCCUUCUGCUUCUAAUUCCAAUUCGAUCAACAACGCGUCGUACAACCGGCGCGACUCGGCAUCCUCCUUCCGCUCCGAAUACGACUCCAUCCACGCGGAGGAAGAGAAGCAGGUGCAUUUACCAGACAACGAUGAGAAGUCAACACUAGACGCGAUUGCCGCCGCGGCUAAGGCCGGCAUCCCGCUUCCUAAGAAUGUGCCACCCACGGCCCUGAUGGGCGGCACGAUCAAGCGACUUGGAGGAAGGAAGAUCAAGAAAAUCAUCCAGGAGGACUGGGUAGACGACCUGGAGUUCCCAGAGCUAGGACAGGGGCUGCAAAUCAAGACACGGGAAAGCACACAUUUCCCUGAAGUGUUGCGCCAAGUCAGUAACUCGGCGCAACCUAGUCCUUCAAAGUCGUUAAGGCUUUCUCUCCCUCUGGCGCAAGAGGAGCCCAAGGAGACGAAAUCGACACCUUCACCAAGCUUCAUUGACCUGGAAAAGUUCCGGGAUGCUGACGACGACGACGAUUUCUUCGAUGGUGGCGCGACCAUCAAAGUCUCCAAGAGGCGUGAACCGCCCAGACCACUCUCCCUAAUCACGCCCCCAACUCCGCAGAAGACCUCCAAUGACGCUCUUUCCAACACCGUCAUAGUGGGUGAGGAUGACUUCGAAAAUGACUUUGAACUCCCAGAGGACGGCAAACUCACACUUACCGCCAAGAGGGACAUUCCCCCCAAGACACCAACGUUCAACAACAUCCUGGAUGAUCUUGACUGGGCCGAAGGCAGUUUGGGGACAAGAUUUGGCGGCACUAGGCGUGACGCGCAGUCCACUCGAAGCUCCUCAGUAUCCGCAUUUAGCCCAAGCAUUGCGAGUUCAAUAAUGGAGAGUGAGGAUGAGGCAUUCGAAGGGCUGAUCAUCCCACACGGACCGCUUGAUUUUGGAGAGCGCCUCAAGCGUCGGCGCAAGAGCCGUUCGCCCCCGCGUUUCCCGCAGGACACGAUCAAGGAGGAAUCCGAGAAGGAGGAGCCCCCAAGACGGAAACCUGUCAAACAAGAGAGGCCAGAAGACAAGGAGGAUUUCCUUGUUGGACUCGAGAUUGGUGAUGGCGAGGUCUUCGACUCGCGGAAAUUGACCCUCAAUCGCAACAUCCAAGUCAAGUCCGGCAGGCCUACCAGCCCUGCGCGGCCCAAGACGUCAGUCGCCCUUAAGUUUACAAACAAGCCAGUCACUGCAUCUCGCCUCCCACGGCCUAUGGGGCCGGUGGGACCGAUGGUGAGCCAUGAGCGAUCCCACACUCAAUCCUCUCUGGAACCCGUUUCCGAAAGUGGUGGUCCCAUCCAACGCGGCCACUCGCGCCGGUCACUGGGGGCCCGUCUCGGGGGUCAUUCUGCCCAUUCUUCUGUGACGAGCAUCAGCUCAGUUACUUCACCGGGCACACCUUCGUCCACACACACCAUAACUCCUUCGACCCCGCGUAGGAGGGAGCUUGGCCAGAGGACAUCACAAGCAUCACUAAGACAUGAACCCGCCACCACGACGAAUGCGCAGUUGCUUCGUUUGAAGCGAUCGCUGCCCGUGAUGCGUGGGACCCAACCCCCUUCGCGGCCCUCGGUCGUCCGAGCGUUCGACCGGCCUCCGUCGCGUACUGACCAGCCGAGUCGCGUCCCAAUUAUUCGGCCUAAGACCCCCGUGGAUCGUCCGCGCCCGUCGGAGAGCGCUGCAGCAGUAUCACGUAAAGCCCCCGUGCCAUUCCUCCCCGCCGGGGCUUCCGCCACCCAAUCGUACAAUGUUAAUGCGAAAACCCGCACUUUCCGCCGCCAUGACUCGGAAACCAGCAUUGAGUUCCGGCCCAGCUCACGGACAGUGUCUCGCUCGACGAUUCGGUCGCCUAGUCCGCGCCUGUAUCGUUCAGUCGAGAAAGCUACUCCGGAUGGGAAUACGUGGGGCCGACUCAGCGUCCCUCGCCGGGCUAAGAAUUUUGGUGACGGGCAUGAGCUCGAUGCCUUUGACGACUUGCCCACAUCGACCCACGCUGAGUCGAAGUUUUUGAAGCAACCGCUCAGCGCAAAAUCACAGACACGAACCAAGAGCUACCAGAACAUCCCCCCAGAUCGCAACAUUACCCCUUCCCCUCGCGUCCCUUACCCUUCCCGUGUCGACAACGUGCCCAGUUUUGCUCGCGAUACUGCCGCUAGCCGGAUCGCACGGGAGACAAGCCUUGCGCAGCGCAAUCCAUCGGGGUUGUUUGCUCCGCUUACCACCCAGCGCGUUGCCCAGCUCUCGGCCAAGAGCAGUUUCAGCUCUCAGCCUCAGUUUACGAUGCCGGCGGCCAAGGCGAGGAAGAUUCGGCGCUCGCCGCAGUCCAAGCCGCAUUUGAUCUCCAAUCUGAACCCGCCGAGGGACCCGAAGAUGGUCAAGGGCAUGUGGUACAACCCAGAGACGUUCCGAUGGGAGGGUAACGACACCGCACUGAGCGCCUUCGAGGUACCGGCCUCAUCACCGUCGACCACGUCUGUGCCUCAGCACAUGACUCGCGAACGGGAAGCCUCCACACCACGACCGGCUUUGAUUACCAAUAUCGGUCCAACCAAGGGCGUCCAGGUCGUCGGCGGGAUGGUAUUCGACCCACAAAACAUGUGCUGGCUCAAGCUAGCGCCGCAGAGCCGAUCGGAAAAGAGCGACACACUUGACGGGUUCAAUGCCUUCGAUGACGACGAGGACGUGUUCAAGGACAUACCGGACCUCGAGGAACGUACCAUGGCGUCUAGUGAUGGUGGUGAUGGAGUCGGCGGCGGGCACCCGCGUGUCAGCGACGUCAACCAUGAGUGGCCGGUCGGUGAGGAGUUUGAUGUCGGGCCCGAGUUUGUGCGGCGCCAGCGUGAGGAGGAGGAUCGGUGGAGGAAGAAGUGUCGCCCCUGGGUCAACUACCAUGUUGACCGCGGCGAUGCCUGGAAGUGGGCCAUCCGUGGCAUUAUCGUCGAUGACUAA